AUGAAUGCCUUCCGUCUUCAAGCAGACGCUCGCAAUAUGCGGAAGCGUGCAGCUGCGGCAAAAGCUGCAGCGGAGAAGAAGAUGAAAACGGAAGUGGCGCCACCUGUGUACUCAAGCCAGCAGCAAGCUGUGUAA